AUGGCCAGAGAGCUACUGCCAACGACGCCGACGCGCCGCUCGAGGCGAUUCCAACCCGUUGUAGCCGUUACGCCGUCCAAAGCUGUGUCGCUCGCAGGAAAGAGCACCAAGUUCGCGUGGACCAGCGACGCCAUCCUUGAACGACCAACCACCCUUGACGACCUAUACGAUGAAGAGACCCUUCAGGGACUUGAAGAGGAUGUGACCCCUACAAACACAUACUACGACUCUCUAGAACGCUUGGAAACCUCCAGAGGCAAGAGCAAGGGUGCGGCAAAGGCACCGGAGAUCACGCAGAGGUUCGCAGUGGGCGACACCAUCCUCGUGGACACCCCCAGUAUAUACCCCACUAUUCGCAAGCCAAGCAUCGGCGUGAUUGUGUCAAUGUGGAGAGUCAUAUGGCAUGGAGAGGAGGACGUAGAUGAACAGGCUACGAUGCGUGUGCGCGUACAUUGGUUCCUUCGGCCAACAGAAUUAGCCAGCGUGCGUGCGCGAAGGGAUCACCGAGAAGACGAAAUCUACCUUUCGUUGGAGAGCAGUGCUGUCAUAACACCGCAACACAUUAUCGACCACUGCACUAUCACCAGUUCCUCGCGAGCUCAUCCUUCCUCUUCUUCCCGUGCAUCCUCAGAGGCACCCUCCAGAUCUCCCUCGCCAUCCGUCAGGCCAUCCAAACGCUCGCGCACGUCAACUUCGACCUCGAUCGCGUCCCCGUCGAAAGGACGUAAACUGAACAAGAACCGGAAACAUGUUUCAGAUGAUGAGGAUGAAUUCGACGAAGACGGGGGGAAAGAGCGCUUCUACUGUGCUCUCGCCGUGGACUCGCGCAAGGGACUAUUCUAUGACUUAAACUGGGAGCGCCACAGACAAACAGCUCUGGAGCAAUAUGCAUCGCUGAAGCAGAAAUUGGCUGGAGAAGAGGCUGAAAAGAUAGUGUUCGGGGCCCAUUGGAAGGUGGUGGUGAAGGAGUCACAGAAAGGGAAGGCGAGCGAGGCUGCGAAGGGGAAGCGAACGACUCGCGCUACAGCGGAGGAUGAGGGAGAAAAGAGUGAUAGUGAUGGCAGCAGCGAGGAUGAAUACGAGACAGAUUCGACCUUGUCGGAUGUGACAGCGGACGAAGGCGAAGAGGAGAGCGAAGCCGACGACGAGGAGGCGGAAAUUGAAGAGAUUCUCGAUGAAGGUGAACCGCGUACUCCCUCUCAGCGGAAACGUAGGCGUCAGAAACCAGCGGCUACUCCUCGAAAGCGACGCAAACUCGCGGCGCCUACUCCACGGUCGAAGGCACGAGCAAGGGGGAGGACGAAGCAAGAGCUUCGAGUCGCAGCACCAUCUCGAAUCACUGGAGGGUCAUACGCCACUCAUUUGUCGAAGCUUCCUCCGGAUCCUUAUUUGCGUGCUCAACACGUCUUACAUGUUGCCGCACGUCCAGACGAGCUUCCAUGCCGUGAUACGGAGUUUGCGCGCGUGCUCAGAUCAGUAGAGGAACUCCUCGAGGAGGGAAGCGGAGGUUGCGUGUACAUCAGCGGCGUACCUGGUACAGGGAAGACGGCGACUGUGCAUGCAGUGGUCAGGGAACUGAAAAGGAUGGCGGAGGAUAACGAAACGAACCCGUUUACGUAUGUCGAGAUCAACGGGCUCAAAAUACCCGAACCGUCUGCUGCAUACGGUCUGUUGUGGGAGGCGGUUUCCGGACACGAUUUAUCAGAAGGCACGCACAUCUGCUUCGCCAACCUCGCCGGAGCAACAGGACACCUGAAGAUAUCGUCGAAGGAGGCGCUGAAACAACUUUCCAAACAUUUCGGAAGUGGAGUUCGUGGUCCCGGGGGUCACGCAUGUGUGGUGUUGAUGGACGAACUCGACCAGUUGGUGACAGCGAAGCAGGACGUCGUAUACAACUUCUUUAACUGGCCAACGAUCGCCGAUUCGAAACUUGUUGUUAUCGCGGUUGCAAACACUAUGGACCUGCCAGAAAGGGUGAUGACAGGCCGGGUGCGGAGCCGACUAGGCAUGACACGAAUCAAUUUCCAGCCGUACACGACGCCUCAACUGGUCGAGAUAGUCCAGUCGCGGUUGGCCGGUGUGAAGGAGAGUCUGCAGGGCCUCACGGACUCGCCAAACCAGGACGUUAUCUCUGCUGAUGGUAUCCGGUUCGCUGCGAUGAAGGUUUCAUCCGUCAGUGGCGACGCCCGUCGAGUGCUAGAUAUCUGCCGACGAGCGGUCGAGCUGGUGCAGGCGAAAAAGAAGACUGCAAAAACCGAGGAUGUCAAGGAGGUCAUCAAAGUGAUGCAGAACAGCCCGACCGCAGCCUAUAUUAGGGACUGUAGCCUGCACGAAAGGAUGAUGCUUGCAGCGAUCCUGAAGUGCAUCAGGAGGGAAGGUGUCGAAGAAGUCAAGUGGGGCGACAUUCAAUAUCAACAUCUGAUAUACGUUUCAACCCUGACCUCUGAUACCGACCCCACGCGCAAACCAACACCGUCGGAAUUGACCAUGGUGCUAGAAUCUCUAGUAGCCGCUCGCGCCAUGCUGGUAGAAGAAGGCCUUUCGGCAGCACGGAAAGCUCAGGACGAACGAAGGGUGAUCCUAAACUUGGAACAAACAGAAGCUGAGAGGGUGCUUGGCGAGGUGGGCGGGCAAAGGUGGCGAAAUGCACUUUCGGUUUGA